AGGCUGGCAGUCUGGGAAGGGGAGAGCCGGGCUGUCAGAGCUCAAAGCGGGGCUCCCGUCGUGUCCUGUGGCGGCGAACAGUCGUGGUGAUAAAAGAAGAAAGCCUUCGGUAAAGUGCCGGGAUGGACGCGGAAGGUGUCGUGGCGGCGCGGAGGAGAACACGGAGCUGCUGUGACGGCGACGGUAGUGUCACCUCUGGGCGCACUUCCUGGCGGGAGGCUGGCGGGGAAGUGGCGCACCGGCGACGGCAUUGAGAGCAGCGGAGUGCCGCCAUGGAGAGGCGCGACACGGCCACGCAGGAAAUGCCCGCGUCGAAGGAGGAGGCGAAGCGUAAGGAGAAGAAGCCGAGACCCGUCAAGCUUUUCCGGAAGAAAUCCCUGAAGUCCGUGGGGAGUUUUAUGAACCGAAUAUUCAAAAGUCUGACUUUCACCCACUUGGGAGACACGCGGGACGCGGAGGACGACGACGGCGGCUUCGGGGACGGCGCACCUUGCACGCUGGGCGCCACUUCGGCGCUCGUCCAGGAGGACGCCCCGGCGGCCAAGAAACUCCUCCGCCAAUACGGGGACAAAACCCCGGGCGUGCUGGGCGUGAAGAACCACGGGAACACGUGCUUCAUGAACGCCGUGGUGCAGUGUCUGAGCAACACCGACCUGCUGGCCGAGUACUUGGGGCUGGAGAGGUACAAGUGGGACCUGAGCGGGGCGGUGAGGACCGGGGAGAGCCGCUUCGCCAAGGGGGAGGUCACGGAGCACUUGGCGAGGCUUGUCCGGGCUCUGUGGACUCUGGAGUACACGCCGCAGCUGUCUGUGGACUUCAAGACUAUCGUGUCCAAGUAUGGAUCACAAUUCCGUGGUAAUUCCCAGCAUGACGCCCUGGAGUUCCUCCUUUGGCUGUUGGAUCGUGUCCAUGAAGACAUCAACCUGGCCUCACACAACAACAACAACAUCACCAAAGCUUGUGAAAAGGCUCCCAUCAGAGAUGAAAACCUGCUGGAUCCUGACCUGUCCCAGACCCAGCAGCUGCUGGAUCCUGACCUGUCCCAGACCCAGCAGCUGCUGGAUCCUGACCUGUCCCAGACCCAGCAGCUGACAGUCCAGCAUAGUUUUGUCCAGGAACAUUUCCAGGCUCAGUACAAAUCUUCGCUGACGUGUCCGCACUGUUUGAAACAAAGCAACACCUUUGAUCCUUUCCUCUGCAUCUCACUGCCCAUUCCUCUUCGCCAGACCAGGCCCCUGUGUGUCACCCUGGUCUUCAGCACCAAAGGACAGAGGUACCUGAGAGUGGGCCUGGCUGUGCCUCUCCUGGGCUCUGUGGCCAGCCUGAGGAGGAUGGUGGCUGACGAGGGCAACAUCUCCCCAGACCAGGUGAUCCUGACUGAGGUUUACUCCACAGGCUUCCAGCGCUCCUUCUUCGAUGGCGACGAUCUCGCCAGUGUGGCGGAAAAUGACGUCAUCUAUGCCUUCCAGGCUCCGCCCCUCUACAUCAGAGGAGGCUCCGCACGGACCUCAGGGUACCAUCACAGUCUGCCAUCUUGCCCGUACGCCACCGGUCCCGAGGGGCAAAGGUUAGCCACGUCCGGGGCUUUGUCUUCCGAGUUCCUCAACCACGGCGUCCCGGCCAAGAUCCUGCUGCUGGUAUGCAACGCUGCAGGAGCGGGCCAGCAGACCAUCAGGUUUGGUCCUCCGUUCCUAAUGAGGGAGGAUCGGUCUGUUUCCUGGGACCAGCUGCAGCAGAGCAUCCUCAGCAAACUGUACUACCUGAUGAUCAAUGGAGCGCCGGCGCAGAAUAACAGAGUCCUCUUCAACAUCCGCGUGGUUGGAGGAUCCUCAUUUUACAGCUACUUGUCACCUCAGGACGCCCGGCCGCUCUACCACCCGGCUGUUGACAGAGCGCUGAAAUUCUGCAGCCCAGGAGGCCCCGCCCACGUGAAGCUCAUCAUCGAGUGGGAGUACCGACUCAAAGACUGCCUGUUUGGGAACAUCCAGGAGGAAGUGGUGAAGGAUGCAGAGAGCGUGUGGUGUCAGCAGCAGCAACAUGUCCAGCAGUACAGCUGCACCUUGGACCAGUGCUUCCAGCUCUACACCAAGGAGGAGCAGCUGGCGCCGGACGACGCCUGGAAGUGUCCUCACUGCCAGCAGCUGCAGCAAGGCAUGGUGAAGAUGAGCUUGUGGACGCUGCCCGACAUCCUCAUCCUGCACCUCAAGCGCUUCCGGCAGGUGGGCGAGCGCAGGAACAAGCUGACCACCUUCGUGCACUUCCCGCUGACGGGCCUGGACAUGACGCCGCACAUGGUGAAGAAGCGCACGCACGGCGCCGCACCUCACCCGGGGUGGAAAGGGUCCAGACGGUCCGACCUGGCUCCUCCCGACUUCCUGUACGACCUGUACGCCGUGUGCAACCAUCAUGGAGGAAUGCAUGGCGGCCAUUACACAGCCUUCUGCAGGAACUCUGUGGACGGCCAGUGGUACAGCUACGACGACAGCGUUGCUGAUCCGGUUCCAGAGGAGGACCUGUGCACACGCGGUGCCUACAUCCUCUUUUAUCAGAGAAGAAGAACCAUCCCGGCUUGGUCUGCGAGUUCCUCCGUCACCGGGUCCACCAGCUCCUCGGCGUCCGGCCACUGGCUGGUGCGGCUGACGGGGGGCGGGGACAAAGGUGCCCCGGCGUCCGGCCUGGGGCCCCCGGUGCCCACGCGGCCUCCGGAGUCUCCUGAGCUGCCGGUGUUUGGAGAAGAACUCUCCCAAACAGCGGAAACAAGUGAUGAUGGAUUUAAUUCCAAACCGUUUGUCCGAGGGACCCAAGGAAGGAGUCUGAGCAUGAGGUCGCCAACAAAGCCCAAGGAGACUUUGGGCAAAGUCCUGCCGCUGCGAUGGUCCUUCGGGACCAAGGACCGGCUCAAGCAUUCGGCCGAGACCCAGUCCGAGGAGCUGGUGGAGUAUCUGGAAUCCGGGCGCCGUCCGCGAUGUACCAAAGAGCCGAUAAUAGCGCUGGUGGCCACCCCGCCGCAGAGGCAGAGGAACCAGGGCAGGCGGGAGUGUAGCUCCCCGAGUGGGAGCAGCCUGAGCUCCUCGCCCAGAGUCCCAGAGGGACAGAGUCGUGGCGUGGAGAGACACCCGCUAGUCGCCAACGGCGUCCAAGGCAGGGACGACGGUUCUCUGAGGCUGCGGUCGUCUCACAGAAGAACCCGGCAGGACCAGGGCAGGACCGUGGACCUCCAGCUUCAGAGGGUGGCCGUCUUAGGGUCUCACGCCAGCCACAGUGCACCGCCGAGCGGGGACUCCACGCUGAGGAGGACCAAGGUGCAUUCAGGCGGGAGCACCCGGGCACAGAAAGAACCUGCGGGACAAGACGGCCUCUUGGCCUUUUUCAAACCUCGGAGAGAAGUUUCGCCGCUGAAGGACCAGGAACCGCGCCUCAACGGCUACGGGCACGGCGGGAAGCAGGCGGGCGGCGACUGGACUCAGCUGUCGCUCUCCAACGGGACGCUGAGGGAGGAGCGGCAGGCGGGAGUGAGCGCCUGCUACAAGGCCAGCGCACGCUCGUCUUGUGCCGACUGCGCCGACAUCAAGCGCGCGCACAGUUCCAGCAGCAUCCAGACCAAGCUGGACUUGACCUUCCGCCGCUGCGCCUCGCUGCAGAGGAACGGGGACACGGCGGCCCCACCCGCGCCCCGCGCCCUGGCCACCCUGCAGAGGACCCGAUUCAGUACCACCUCCCUGGUGCCUCUGUGACGUGGCUCGGUGACCUCUGACCCCAGGCGGAGGACGUCCGUGGAAAGAAAGAGGUGUCCCCUCCCCCGCCUUGUCUCACCUGUGCGUGUCUUAAAGUCAAUCUAUGCACACCUGCAGUCCUGACAGGAAGUUCUGCUUCCUGGACCCGAGUCGCUCCCAGCGGACAUCUUUGUUGUUGUUUACUUUUGACACUUUUCCUAUUUCCUUCCAAGUGACGUGUAGUUGUGGUGUACACCUUUAAGAGUCUGCACCUCGUGGUGAUAGGGCUGUCCUGUCCUGAUCCAUCUUGGAGGUGAUAGAGCUGUCCUGUCCUGAUCCAUCUUCAUAUCUGCAUUGUUUACUCCUGAGGAUGGACUACACCAGGGGUCACCAACGCGGGCACCAGGUAGCCCGUAAGGACCAGAUGAGUAGCCCGCUGGCCUGUUCUAAAAAUAGCUCAAAUAGCAGCACUUACCAGUGAGCUGCCUCUAUUUUUUAAAUUGUAUUUAUUUACUAGCAAGCUGGUCUCGCUUUGCUCGACAUUUUUAAUUGUAAGAGAGACAAAACUCAAAUAGAAAUUGAAAAAUCCAAGAAAAUAUUUGAAAGACUUGGUCUUCACUAACUGACAAAGAAACAGAUAACAGACUUGGUGUCCAGUUCAAAGUGUGACAUGAUUUAUUUAAACAUUUGAGAAGUUGACUUUUGUAUUUUACAUGAGUUAUUAUUUGUACAAACAUGGUGCAAAGUCAUUCAUGAUUUGUUCAAAAAUGUUAGUGGCUAGCUAGUUAAAAUGGGAUAUUGUGAUUUCACAAGACUGUCUUAGAAGUCAUCAUUUGAAAAUGUUCAAUUUGAAAAAUGUGCACUUAGAGAACAUAUAAAAAUAAAAUGUUGCAUACUGAUAUUUAAAUGUUUCUAUACAGUAUAUAUUGUGAGAAAUCAUUAAGAUGAUCAGUGUUUCCACAAAGAUAAAUAUAAUUAAUUAUUAAUAAUAACAUAGAGUUAAAGGUAAAUUGGGCAAAUUGGCUAUUUCUGGCAAUUUAUUUAAGUGUGUAUCAAACUAGUAGCCCUUCGCAUUAAUCACUACCCAAGAAGUAGCUCUUGCUUUCAAAAAGGUUGGUGACCCCUGGACUACACACUCUGACUCUUAGGACCCAAAAGGGACCCGAUCAUAAAAGGUCAUAAGUCGGCAAUUCAUUUAAAAUUUUAUUUUUUAAUUUCAAUGCUUGAAAUCUUUUAACAACUUCAGAGCAA